CACCAAUAAGUUAUAAGAGCAAGCAACGAGCUGUCCGGCCCGACGCAUCUAAAGCACGACAUCUCUCGAGGUACGACAUUCCCCUCGACGCCCCAAAACCGCAACCCACACCCAAGAGGCCCACAUCCACUGGCUAGCUUAACUAGACGUCGCACGACAUUGUACCGCGACAUCCCACGACACGACAACCCCCACGGCCGCCUAUCACUGACCCAGCGUUUCUGUCAGUGACUUGGUCCAGAAUCAGAUUAUUAUCUGCUCCAUAUAGUAAUCGUCCUUCCUAGGCUUCAAAAGUCAAGGAGUAAACGACGACAUUGGAGGCCCCAGAAAACCCUUCCAAAUAUAAGGGGCACCAGCACAACAAAGUGGGACCCACCCAGACAAGUUUUAGACUCCACCAAAGGUCUAGCCGUGACAAUUUGUAGAUCUCCAGUCACUUUACGACAUUACUUUGACUAGGCUCUAGCACCAACUCUUUCUCGUCCCCACAUUGCCACCAAUCUCAUUGAUAGCCACUAGCAUAUUCAGUCAUCUGGUUUGAAAAUUUCUCCACUACGUCAAAUUUUCCAGCGAAGCAGACUAAAGUCACCCUAUCCAGAAGUCUAGCAGGGAAAAUAUAUAAGGAGCCCUCUUUAUAUUAUCGAGACAUCCGUAAUUUCCAUACCCCGUUCUUGACACUAUAGGAGAGUUUGUUCUUGAUCCUUUUGACAUUUAUUGAUAAAUCUUACUUUUCCUUGAUCUUCCAGAUCUUUAUCCAUACUUGGUAGUCUCAUUUAUAUAGUAGUCCAUUUGGCUCGCAUACCGUUUUACGCUACCUUUCCUCAUACAAAAUUAAUCCCUGUUUUGGACCCAAAAAUUAACUAAAAAGCAUCUGCCAUUCCACCAUUUAGCAAGUAGCUAAUCCAAAUUACCCCCUACAGCGAUAUCCUUCAGUGAUAUCUGCAGAGCCCCCACAAGAGCCCCCCAUCAUUCAGUCCCAGAUAUAUAUUCGCACACCGGUGCUCACCAUGAAUUACCAUAACUCAAACCCCGGCGGGCCCGACGCUACGUCGGCUUCCUCAGCACCAGCAUCCACAGCGUCGUCAGCAUCGGCAGCCGCUUCUGCAUCCUAUUACUACGCUCCGGUACAACAGUACCAGCCGCAACCGCUCCACCACACCAUCCAGCCUAAUGGCCCGAACUCGGUUCCAACCACCCCAGGAGCCCCCACAAGAAGAGGUCCAUGGUCUCCUAUGGAAGACAAGAAGCUUCUUGAUCUCAUCAACAUCUUUGGUCCUACCAAUUGGGUGCGCAUCUCUAAUAGCAUUGGAACGAGAACGCCGAAGCAAUGCCGCGAGCGCUACCACCAGAACUUGAAGCCGCUGCUAAACCGUCUGCCAAUUACAGUAGAAGAAGGCGAGUUGAUCGAGCUGUUGGUAGCAAAAUACGGUAAGAAAUGGGCCGAAAUUUCUCGUCACUUAAAUGGCCGUUCCGACAACGCCAUCAAGAAUUGGUGGAACGGAGGAGCCAACCGUAGAAGAAGAGCCUCGUUGGUGCACGAACCGAAUGUGGCUGGUAACAGCAACAGCAAUAAUAAUAACAACUCGAUGAGCAGCUCUAACGGUAGUAACGUCAAUGCCAAUGGCCUCAAUAGUAGCACUAGCAUCUCGACGAUGUCGGCAUCCACUUCUGCAUCCACCAACUCCACACGCUCGCAAAACGGGUCGCUCUCCAGUCCUUCAGGACUUCCCACGCUUACCCAGAACAAGAGUUCUGCUAGCUUGCCUGAAGCAGUGUUGUCUGUCAGCUCGGCACAGGUCCACCAGUCAAAUUCGCUGCGCUCAUCACUCAACGAGCCUUCGCUCUCGGCAAACUCAUCUGCACUCAACUUAUCUGCUGCAAACCCGAACAGUCUUUCAUCCUACGCCAUCACCAAUAACCAUAACACCAACAUCAACAAUACCAGUAACAACUCCACAAUAUUACCACCUCCUAUCGGAGCUUCGCAGCCUUCGACUUUCCCCCAGAUUCCUCAGCUUCCCCAGAUUUCAUUUAACACAUCCAUGUUUGGUAAGCCUGAUGCGCUGUUCAAAGCCCAUACACCUCCUCCUGGGUCUAUGGCUGCAGCCGUCCCUCAUACCAUGACUUCACCUGUAAAAGCGACUUCACUUAGAUCUGCUAGUUUUGACGUAACCUCGGCUACUGGAGCCACGAACGCAUCCACUUCAACUCUUACAUCCACCACUCUUCCUCCAAUUUCUUCAUCUAACAAGAGAAGACUCUUGGACGACCCCAUCAGUAGAAGACAUUCCACUGCAAACUACCACUAUGCCCAUCCCAACGGAAACACAAAUAACAAUAAUAAUAAUAAUAAUAAUUUCGCAGUUCCGACUUCUUCGGCUCCUGGUUCGGCAUCUGCUGCUACAGGUUCAAUUAUCGGAGGUGCUGGCACCGUUUCUCCCUCGUACUAUGGCUCGCCACUACUUCUCAGUACUCAAGUAUCGAGAAACAACUCGAUCUCACACUUUGAGUUUCUGACGUUGAACUCAACCUCGCAUUCUCUGAGAAGAUCGAGUUCGAUAGCACCAGACUUCUUUCCAAAUCCAUUAAAGGAGCUACAGGCAGCCGCAUCUUCCUUGAACAAGGAGGGAAACGUGAACCACAAACGUAACAUGUCGCAGAACUCGUCGUUCAACUCUCCUUCUUUGACUCCUUCUACCCGUUUCUCCAUCUCAUCAACUACCUCCCUUUUAAAUAACACUUCUACCAACUUGACAAUGCCAUCAGCCACAACCCUGCCUUCCAGCAAUUACAACGGUCUCAAGAACGAUCAUUCUUCUAGCAGUGGGUCCAUUCCAGCACUCAAAGAAGAAGUCGAGUUGAAGUUGAAGCACAAGAACGACUUGGACGAUGUAGACAUGGACGACUCCCAUAACCACUUGCAAAAUCCCAGGACAACCAUGGUGAAAACCAAGAUCUCGGUUCUGAGCCUCAUUGAUUGAAUGAGCGGUGGAUCCGUUCUCUCGGACUGUUUUCGUACUUCCAUCUGUAACAAUACUUGUUUUCCUUAUAGACCUCCAAAAACAGUUUCUUCAAUUCUUGGUUAUCUAUUUUUCAAUUCUCGGGAGUUUACUCUGUAACUAAUAAUUUGACUAUUACUUCAAGAAAAUGAAAUACAUAUUUAAGAAUACAUGCAUCGUUCUAC